UGCCUCAGCCACAGCUUCUGAUAUCUAAGAAGACUCUUCUCUCCCAAACUCACUGAAGUCUCUUUGUCACAGAAAUGAACGCUUGGAGUGUGCUGCACUUUGUCUCCGCCCCUCCCCCCACUUAAAUGAGGAACUGGAAAGACUUGCCACCAUGGCCCACCAAUUCCCAGCUCUCACCACAGCUCAGAAGAAGGAGCUCUCUGAGAUUGCCCAGCGCAUUGUGGCCAAUGGAAAGGGGAUCCUGGCUGCAGAUGAAUCUGUAGGCACCAUGGGAAACCGCCUGCAGAGGAUCAAGGUGGAAAAUACGGAGGAGAACCGCCGGCAGUUCCGAGAAAUACUCUUCACCGUGGACAAUUCCAUCAACCAGAGCAUUGGGGGCGUGAUCCUCUUCCAUGAGACCCUCUACCAGAAGGAUAGCCAGGGAAAGCUGUUCAGGAACAUCCUCAAGGAGAAGGGGAUCGUGGUGGGCAUCAAGUUAGACCAAGGAGCUGCUCCCCUUGCAGGAACAAACAAAGAAAGCACUAUUCAAGGGCUCGAUGGCCUCUCAGAGCGCUGUGCUCAGUACAAGAAAGAAGGUGUCGACUUUGGGAAGUGGCGUGCUGUGCUGAGGAUUGCUGACCAGUGUCCCUCCAGCCUCGCCAUCCAGGAAAAUGCCAACGCCCUGGCCCGCUACGCCAGCAUCUGUCAGCAGAAUGGGCUAGUACCCAUUGUUGAACCAGAGGUGAUUCCGGAUGGAGACCAUGACCUGGAACACUGCCAGUAUGUUACUGAGAAAGUCCUGGCUGCUGUCUAUAAGGCCCUGAAUGACCAUCAUGUUUACCUGGAGGGCACCUUGCUAAAGCCCAACAUGGUGACUGCUGGACAUGCCUGCACCAAGAAGUAUACUCCAGAGCAAGUGGCUAUGGCCACCGUCACAGCUCUCCACCGCACUGUUCCUGCAGCUGUUCCUGGCAUCUGCUUUUUGUCUGGCGGCAUGAGUGAAGAAGAUGCUACUCUCAACCUCAAUGCUAUCAACCUUUGCCCCCUGCCAAAGCCCUGGAAACUAAGUUUCUCUUAUGGAAGGGCCCUGCAGGCCAGUGCACUGGCAGCCUGGGGUGGCAAGGCUGCAAACAAGAAGGCGACCCAGGAGGCUUUUAUGAAGCGGGCCCUGGCUAACUGCCAGGCAGCCAAAGGACAGUAUGUUCACACCGGCUCUUCUGGGGCCGCGUCCACUCAGUCACUCUUCACGGCCUGCUAUACCUACUAGGACCUGAUCACCGCCAGCCUGGCUCCAGCGCUUCUAGGAGUCUCAGCAGGAGAGCUGAAAAGGAACCACCUUUCCAUCCAAUACUGGAAAUAAGACAAAAUUAAAUUGGAACUGCUGGAAACACAACUCAUGUUAAAUCUUAAACAUAAGGGGAAAAAACCCAAAUCGGUUAGGGAAACAUAAGUAUGAACAUCAAGGAUACAACCGUUCGUUUGCACCACUUUCAGCUCCUUGUGCUUCUUCCACCCAAAAAGUUAACAGG